UUUUACUUAAAAAUAAAAAAGAGUAAUGUGAAGGCGAGACUCGUCGAGCUGUCAAGCCAAAAACCAAAAAUCUUAGCUCUCUCCUCCUCCUUGAAGUUGAAGCCAACAGGAUCAAACCAAUCUGAAUUGAAAUCGUUUCUACAUAGAUAUCGAGAUUGAUUGGUUGAUUGGAGAGAUUCGGAGAAAUGGCACCUGUUUCAGCUCUGGCAAAAUAUAAGCUUGUAUUCUUGGGGGACCAAUCAGUGGGCAAAACAAGCAUCAUCACUCGCUUCAUGUAUGAUAAAUUCGAUAACACUUACCAGGCUACAAUUGGCAUUGAUUUUCUAUCAAAAACCAUGUACCUUGAAGAUCGAACUGUUCGCUUGCAGUUGUGGGAUACAGCUGGACAGGAAAGAUUCAGAAGUCUCAUACCAAGCUACAUUAGGGAUUCCUCAGUUGCUGUCAUUGUGUAUGACGUUGCAAGUCGGCAAACUUUCCUGAACACAUCAAAAUGGAUUGAAGAGGUUCGCACUGAGAGAGGCAGUGAUGUGAUCAUUGUUCUUGUUGGAAACAAAACUGACCUUGUUGAUAAAAGGCAAGUCUCUAUAGAAGAAGGAGAAGCAAAGGCUCGUGAUCUUAAUGUCAUGUUUAUAGAAACUAGUGCAAAAGCUGGUUUUAAUAUUAAGCCAUUGUUCCGGAAAAUUGCCGCUGCCUUACCAGGCAUGGAAACACUUUCUUCAACUAAGCAAGAAGACAUGGUUGAUGUGAAUCUGAAGUCCAGCAGUGGAAACGCAUCACAGUCUCAGGCUCAGUCAGGUGGAUGUGCCUGUUGAUGCCUGGAAAUUUUGCCACGCCAAUUCUCUGAUUUUGUUGCUAUCACAAUCAGAUGGGAUAUGUAAAUGUUUAGUUUAGUUCGCUUUUCCCUUGGUUCUCUUCCUGUUUGCUUAAGAUUUUGGGAUAAAAAAUGGCUGAAGAGCAAGGAGUAGAAAUUGAUUCUUGUGUUUCAUUGGUUGGUCAUAGUUUCUGAGACGUGCGAUUGAAUGAACUCACCAACUCUGAUAGGUGUCCUUCCUUGUUUUACUAUUAUAAACUGAGUAAUAAUUACUGGUUUAUAUGAUUUAUUUCAAAUCAAAUGGCUUAGUAACUUA